AUGACGGCUCCGAAGCAGGGCACUCAGCCCUCGACGUCGGGCGAUACGCACUACCGCAUCGUCGUUAAGUCCGUUAACGGGCGUGAGCCCAUCAAGACGGAGCCAGUCUGCAACACUGCCUCUUCCGCCGUCGCUCCUCCAUCAUCUGCAACCUCGCACAGCGCAGCAGCACCUGCCGCCUCGUCGUCUACACACCUUGCCACACCGUUGUCAUCUCCCACCAAGAACAGCAACCCCUCGAGUCCCGCCAAAUCACCAGGACGACCUCGCCGCGUCGAGCCCAUCGUCGUCUCAUCCCGCGACUUUGGACCUAGCGCUGGAGGCGACAGCGACGACGAGACCAAGGAUGGCGAUUCCGAGUUGACCAAAGGUGCCUCUGCUAAAAGACUCAGCCGCAAGAGCAAGGCUGAUGCCAUGUCUGCGCUUGCUGGCAAAGAUCCUGUUACCGUCGAUGUGCCAGCCUCACCUGCUCCAGGUCAGAAUGGUGUUGUCGCCCUCUCAGGUAACCCUGCUCAGCACCCCGCUCGAAAGCUCUUCCAACACCAACCUUUCCCUCCUCUUGCUUUUGACACGUCCUAUCCUUCCUACGACUUUGCCUCCACAUCGACACAACCAACUAUCCCAACCAGCACCAGCACGCCGCGCAACCCACCUCCAAGGAUUCGCCCGCGCCUCUUCGAGCUCGAAGAAGCGCCCACAUUCUACCCUACUCCUGAGGAGUUUGCCGACCCAAUGAAGUACAUCUCAUGGAUCGCAAACCCACAAGGCGGCAAUGGCAAAGCAUACGGCAUCGUCAAGAUCGUCCCUCCUGAGGGCUGGAACCCGGACUGUGUUCUUGACGAACAGACCUUCCGCUUCCGCACUCGCGUUCAGCGACUCAACUCGCUGAGUGCCGAUGCUCGUGCCUCUCAGAACUAUCAGGAGCAGCUUCAGAAGUUCCAUGCUCAGCAAGGUCGCAAGCGUGUCUCCGUCCCCGUCAUUGAUGGUCGCUCUGUCGAUUUUUACCAGCUUAAGCUCGUCAUCUUGGGUCUUGGCGGCUACGAUGCCGUCUGCCGUGGUCGCAAGUGGUCGGAUGCGACGAGGCAGAUCGGCUAUAGCGAAAAGGACAGCGCUCAACUCUCGACUCAAGUCAAGGCUGCAUAUACACGCAUUAUUCUGCCUUUCGAAGAGUUUAUGGCCAAAGCAAAGGAGCAGGCUCGCGCCAAUGGAACAUCCAUUAGUCCUCAAAUCGCACAGAGCUCAACCAUGGGCAGUGCACCGUCCGCCGAAGGUCAAGAAGCCAGCCUCAAGCAUGCUUCCAUGUCACCCAGCUUGGAUGCCUCUUCGAAUGGCGAUAGGGCAGCGCAAUCCAACACGCCCGAGCCGCUGAAUGCUGUUGGUGCUGCAGACCUCCUCGGCAAUGCUACGCCAACGAUUGAGUCAGCCUCGCAAAGUCCAUCCACACUGGCGAGCACACGUCGAAGCGCUCGCAAAAGGUCCGAGGCGAACAGCACCCCUACUUCAUCCUCGAGGAACCCUCUCGUGCUUGCAUCUAGCCCUGCUAUACCUCUCGCCUCCAGGCGUAGGAAGGGCGUCAGUCCUCACGUCGACUCGGAUGCACACGUUCGCACCCACUCGGGUCAAAAUGGGCAGGAAGAGCAGAUGUGCGAAAUUUGUCUGCGUGGCGAGGACGGCCUCAACAUGCUGCUCUGCGACGAAUGCAACCGCGGCUAUCACAUGUACUGCCUUCAGCCGGCUCUCACUUCCAUUCCAAAGUCGCAGUGGUUCUGCCCGCCUUGUCUUGUCGGCACUGGCCACGACUUUGGCUUCGAUGACGGUGAGACCCACAGUCUCUACACCUUCUGGCAACGUGCUGAGGCCUUCAAGCGUGAAUGGUGGUCCAAGCGACCCGAACGUCUCUGGAAGCCAGAUGAAGCAGCUUUCAGCUCCACAGAUGACAGCACUCACACCAACGGCCUUGCUCGCCGCAUCUACGGCACAGACCUUGUUGUGUCUGAAGACGAUGUGGAGCGCGAGUUCUGGAGGUUGGUGCACAGCCAGAACGAGGAGAUCGAGGUCGAAUAUGGUGCCGAUGUCCAUUCCACUACGCAUGGAAGCGCUCUACCGACGCAAGAGACUCACCCCUUGAGCCCAUACUCGCGCGACAAGUGGAAUCUCAACAACCUCCCAAUCCUUCCCGGAUCGCUUCUGCAGUACAUCAAGUCCGAUAUCUCUGGCAUGACGGUGCCUUGGAUCUACGUUGGCAUGAUGUUCUCUACCUUCUGCUGGCACAACGAGGACCACUACACCUACUCGAUCAACUACCAGCACUGGGGUGAAACCAAGACAUGGUACGGUAUUCCUGGCGAAGACGCCGAGAAGUUUGAGCGUGCCAUGCGCAAGGCAGCACCAGACCUCUUUGAAACGCUUCCCGAUCUGCUCUUCCAUCUCACCACCAUGAUGAGCCCCGAGAAGCUCAAGAAGGAAGGGGUUCGCGUCGUUGCCUGCGACCAGCGCGCCAACGAACUCGUCGUCACCUUCCCUAAGGCCUAUCACAGCGGUUUCAACCAUGGUUUCAACCUCAACGAGGCAGUCAACUUUGCCCUUCCCGACUGGAUUUUUGACGACCUCGAGUCUGUGCGCAGGUAUCAGCGUUUCCGCAAACCCGCCGUCUUCUCACACGAUCAGCUCCUCAUCACGGUCUCGCAGCAGAGUCAGACCAUUGAGACGGCUGUAUGGCUCGAAGUUGCCAUGCAGGAGAUGGUUGAUCGCGAGAUCGCAAAGCGCAACGCACUGCGUGAGAUCAUCCCUGAUCUCAAAGAAGAGGUCUACGAGGAGGAUGUCCCCGAAGCGCAGUACAUUUGCACCCACUGCACGAUCUUCUGCUACCUUGGCCAGUUGACGAGCCCGAAGACCGAAGGCGUUGCUUGUCUCAACCAUGGAUUUGAGGUGUGCAACGCCGAUGCCCCGGUCAAGUGGACGCUCCAGCUCCGCUUUUCAGAUGAGCAGCUGCGCUCCAUCCUCGCCAAAGUCUGCGAACGUGCCGCCAUUCCUCGUAACUGGAUCCAGCGACUCAAGAAGACCUUGGCGCUCGGUCCCACCCCGCCCCUCAAGACACUCCGAACUCUCGUGCAUGAAGGCGAGAAGAUUGCCUUCGCUCUCGAGCCACUCGAAGAUCUCAAGGCAUUCGUCGCCUGUGCCAACUCGUGGACUGAGCGGGCAAAUGUCUUCUUGGUUCGCAAGCUGCAAAAGAGGCGAGGAGAAACUGGCACUGCACCUGCUGGAAGGAUUCGACGAUCGAAGGGGGGUGAUGACAGCUUCGCUAGAAGGAUGAGUCUGGACGCAUCAGCCGAAGACAUUGACAGCACGGCCGAUCGAAGUCCCGAAGCAUUGUACGCUUUGCUCGACGAGCUCGAUAGCCUCCACUUCGAUGCACCCGAGAUCUCUUCGCUCCGUUCGCUCGCACAGGAGCUGGAAGAGUUCAUCGGCCGCUGCAACGAAAUCUUGGCUCGACGUGACAGCGCUACCGAGCCUAAUGUCAAGGACUGCGAGAGUGUUCUCACCCUUGGCAGCUCUCUUAACGUAGAUGCACCUCAGAUCAAGGAGCUUUCGGAUUACGUCGAGCGCCGUAAGUGGGUUCAAGAAGUCAACGAAAGCCGCGAUACGUACCUCUACUACCACGAGGUGCAGGAGUUGCUCGAACGCGCUGACAGCUGUGGUCUCGAAGACCACGAGCUGCGCAAAGAGCUCGAGCAACGUCGCGAAGCUGGCGAGCGCUGGACCGCACGGGCCAAACAAGCACUGGAGGGCUCCGAGCCGAUGACCAUGGAGUUGCUCGAAGAACUCUGUGACUCCUCGACCGACAUUCCUGUCGUUUUGGAAGUGGCCCAGGAUGUGAGCAACGUGCUUAACAAGGCCAAGGAGCUUCAUAAGACCAUUCAGACGCUGCACAAGAGCUUGCAGGCCGGUGGCCAGGGCAACACUGGACCUGACGCAGAUGGGGACCUCUCCAUGAUCUCGGUCACGGAGAAUAGUGAAGCGGCGGAUCGCAUGGCCUUGCUUCCUGACGCGCGCCGUGUCCUUCGUGCCAUCAAAUCGAACAAGCUCGGGCUCGAGCAUGCUAAAGAGAUCGAGAAUGCUAUCCAGGUCUACGAUGCAUGGCGAGCAUCUUUCAACCAGAUCAUGCAGACCAUCGCUGCUGGAUCUCGUCGCCUCACUGACACCGAUCGUGAUGCUGAACUUGACAAGCUUGUGGAGAGGGUGGAGAGUGCGACGGAUCCCCAGGACGACCAGCCCAAGUCCAGUUCGCGUAACUGCAUCUGCAGGAGCUCCGCGCCGAUUGCCGUUCCAUCUUCUUCGACGGCAGAGUGCUCACACUGUCGCAUCCGAUAUCACCUGCCCUGCAUUAAGGUCCGCUCGUCCGAGGUAACACGCGCCGAAGGAGGCUGGAGAUGCCCCUUCUGCCCUUGGGCAGGCAACGCUGCCUUCCUCAAGACUCGCAAAGCAGUCAGCGUCACGGAUCUCUCCAAGCUCGUCUACAAUCAGGACCAUCGCCGGGACCAGUUCAAGUUCUUGCCGCUCGAGUGGGAUACAAUCGAAGAGGUUGUCGCCAAAGCCAAACGUUUCGAAACUGCUGCUAAGCGCAUGAUCAAGACGCUAUCUUUGAUGCGCAGGGACCAGAAGCAGACCAUUCUCGCGCACUGGCUGCGUCGAUCCAUCGGUUGUCCAGUCGAUGUGCUCGGUCCAGAGAAGGUCAACAUGCUUGAUCUGAUCAGCGAGACCCUGCUUGGCCUUGGUCCAGACGCCAUUGAAGAGCGAGCAGCUGCGCCCACAUUCGAUCGCCCGCAGGCAGAGACGCCCUCGAAGGCGCAGGCACAGGAUUGCAACGACUCAGCUCCGCCUCAGAGCUCUUCGCGGGCGAUGGCUCGAGCCGAUCGCGACUCUGGAUCUCCUGCUGUUCGCGGCAGCGACGAUCGCAAACGCAAGGCGAAGAGAGGCAAGCGUGCCAAGCUUGUCUUCCGAGAGGAGAUUGGCAUUGGUGCGUAUCGCGAUGGUCAGCCGAUCUACUGUUUGUGCCACGAGCCCGAGGGUGGCCGCAUGAUUGCGUGUGACAAGUGCAUGCUUUGGUUUCACAUCCACUGUGUCCGCCUCGAUGAUCCUCCGAAUCUUGGCGACGAGGCUUGGAUCUGCCCCAUGUGCUGCAUCAAAGCCGAGCGUAAGUAUCCUCAGGCCGAAGUGCGAGUCAAGGAGAUGGAUGUCACCGAUCCCGACAUGUGGCUAGACAUUCGUGCCACGCUGCGAUCGCUCGAAAAGCCGGUCAGCAAGGUUCAGUCAUGGAGCAGUCGCGAGGACAAGCGCAUUGUGUUGCAUCUCGAGAAGUUUACGCCCGCCAUCCAUGCCGAGGAAGUGCGUUCCCAGGUCACCAAGCGUGCCAGGCUCGAGUCGGAUACACCCAGCAAAGCGCGUGCUUCUCUGGGGCGUUCCGACUCGCUCUCCACGCCUGCCAAAGAAGGCAGUGCUAUGCCGUAUGCGCCACCGCCUGUACCGAGCGAGGCUUCUCGAGUCAAUAUGCCGGCCUCAAUCAUCGCUGCGCCGAGUCAAACGCUUGCAGACACGUCCGCAUCGAGACUACCAAGACAAGACAACCCAGCUGCUGGAUCCCCGCCGCAAUGGGAAGGCCAAAGUGGUCCUUCACGAGGUCCCUUGAGCUUCGAAUGGGCUCAGGAGGCGCGUCGACGUCAUGCCGAGGGCAUGGACAAUCUCUACCGACGCGGCAUCACCGAUACGAUGCUUAUGCGGUUCUACGUUGGAUGGGAUGGGCGCCAGCUUGUCCACCCCAUGCGGGAUCCCUCGGGCGUCAUUGUUGAAAUCCCUCUUGGCGAGGCCAUCCGACUACAUGCCGAUGAUCCGGAAGGCACUAGGGUGAUUCGCGCGGCGAUCGAACGUUACAUUACCAGGAUAGAGCGAGCCGCAGCUGCCCAACCCAAUUCGCAGCGCGGCUAUCCUGCUGCAGCGGAGAUGGAAGAUCACAGCAGGCACGGGCGUACGCCGUACGGGCGCGAAGACAUCCCAUACGGUUCUCAGCGACACCAGCAGCCAUACGUGCCAUCCAACGGCAGGCUUGAUACAGGCUCACCAGGCUCACUUCCACCUCGACUAGCAGGCGACCGCGACUACGAGCGGGAACGAGGUCCCCACGACUUCCGCGAUGGACGCGAUUCUCGCUACGGCGAGCCGGAUCCGCGACUGUUGCGCUCCCCGGCUGCUGCAGCUGCAGGUGUCCACUCGAUUUCGCCAGCUCUCCGAUCAGGUGUCGCGCACGAGCUCAUGCCCACCUAUGCGCGCAGCCCGGUUCCACAUGUUGUUGGUAGCAACGGUGUGGCAUCAGCAGCCAAGAGUCCCUAUGCAAGCAGCGCCGAGCUCGGUUGUCACCCAUCUUCGCACGGCACCUACUCUGCUUCCAAUCGCGGACCUCCUCACCGGGCCGGUGCAGAGCACGACGCGACAAGAGGACCGGCGCUUAUGCCGACCUAUGCUUCCGCCAAAUCCGACACGUUGGCAAAUGGGAUGGGUUCUGCAUAUGCCGGCAUGCCUCUCGAUCCCGCCAUGAUGGCUGAUGAUGCUGCUCAAAUUGAUCCAGCGCUGAUGAGGAGUCCUGUGCCAGCUAGGUCUGGUGCUUCCACUCCCUCAGACAAGGCAUCGCGCCCGGUUGCUAACCCAGAUGCAGGCAGGUCGGCAGAUGGCGCAAACGACAAGCAGAGUGAGACUAAUGCCAAAGAGAAUUCGCGACAGGCUGGAUCUGAAGCAAAGGAGACAGCUCAGCCAGGUAACGUAAAGAUGAAGAAAGAGGAAGGAGAGGAAACGGAAGAUCUGGAAAGCGUCCGAGAGCAGGCCAGGCAGAUGGCCCGUCGGAUGCGACCCGACGCUUCAGAUGCGGAGAUUGAGCGUCUGGUCCAAAACUUUGUUGGUGGAGGAGCUGAUUCGGCGUAG